AUGAGGCUGACAAGAGAAGGGCACAGUUGGUGCUUUAUGGAUCCAGAGUUAAUUGCUGUGCCUGGAGUACAUGCUAAGCUGUCUCCCACGGGCAGCUCCUCCAAACAAAAGACAACAGCAGCGUCUGCAGUUGCUCUACAGGAUCGCAUAAUACGCAGUCACCAGCUCCAGGACCUUUCAUUAGCAGAUCCUCUUAAGUCAAGGACAAGGAAUACCAAGAACAUUUACAAACCUGUGAACAAAGAAAUGGUCAGAGCAGUGGUAAAUGCAGGACUAAGAAAAAAGAGCACUGGCCACAAAACCAAGGAAGAUGCAGAUAAAGGAGUGGUGCAUGCUCUUGAUCCCAGUCCUCCACAGCUAACGUUAGCUAAGAAAUUAGGCCUGAGAGAGCCUCCUUCCUUGCCACUAACUGCUGAAAAAUGGGUAAAAAUAAAGAGGUGAUCCAUACAGCACAGAGAUUCCAUACAGCAUUGUGCAAUAUGCAGGGUAGCACUUCAACCUCAGGUGCUGCUUUCAUGUUCCCAUGUAUUCCAUAAAUGGUUGCACUUAUUUUAACGGGCAUGCCUGAAAGCCUUUGAAAAAUGUACAGGUAAAAAGUCUUGUCCUCUCUUGUGUAGGAAAGGGCAGUAUCAGACCAGAGUAAUACAUGAUGGGGCACACUGUUAGGUAAGUCUUACUUCUUCUACAGGUGAUGUCACUGAAAAAUAUUUAUUUUUAUAUAAUGUUAAAGAAACAGUGCCUCCUAAAGAUAGAAAAUUAAGAAAGCAAUUCGUUGAGAAAAAGGAGGGCUUUGGAGACAAAGACCCUUUCUUGUUACUUUACGCGGUUACAUGUGAUAGUGAGAUUGGUACUCUAGAGGUCCUGCAACAAAACCGGUACCGCUGUUCCACCUGUGUGGUGAUGGUGACAGAGGAGAGAAUGGAAAUACUGUUCUCAGUCGUAACACUGAGACAGAAUGUUGGUUGCUAUGCUACUUUUGUCAUCAAUGCAAAGUCCUUCCCUGUAACAGAGAAAAUGACUAUGGAGGUAACUGAAGAAAGCUAA